UUCCUUAAAGUAGGAUAAAUUAUUGGGUUUAUGUGAUUCAAGAAGGCAGGUUCUGCCUCUUCAGUAUGCGUCUGUGUGACACUUAUGUCACCCACCGCCAGAACAAUAUCGUCCAGUGCUAUUAAGCUAUGAAAUAUGUUAUAUAUGUAUGUAUGUGUGUGUGUGUGUGUGAUAAUUGUGUUUCUUUAUGCUCUAUGUCACGAUUUCCCGUGCGCUAUUAGCCUCUAAUAGACGGCGCCGCUAUGAAGUGAAUUUUGUUUAGAAUCUGCCUGUACUAGUCUGAAAGUGUCAUUCACGCUUAUACUCGAUACUUUUCGAACGCUUGCAGAUGCUCUGAAAAUUACUCAGAAUAGGCACAAACGCUGGGGAAUCUGAGUAACCGUUCAGAGUAGGCAUAAACUCUGAGGAGUCUGAGUAGGCACUCAGAGUAGACAUAAACUCUGAGGUAUCUGAGUAGGUACCCAGAGUAAGCACAAAUUUUGAAGAAACUGAGUAGUCACUCAGGGUAAGCACAACUUUGAGAGAUCUGAGUGAUCACUUAAAGUUAGCACAAACAUGACGAAUCUGAGUAUCACUCAAGAAUAGGCACUAACUCUGAGGAAUCUGACGAUCUACAGUUGUUCUUCUAAAUGGUUUGUGUUAAAUGUGUUCUCCAGACUUAACAUAAGAAGUAACAUAGGUUCAACGGUUAGCUGAUAAAAAAAAUCCAAGAAUGAAGUCGUAUUAUUAUAAAACGCAAUAAGUCGUUUCUCAACAUGAUAAUUAUUAUUCUGACAAGUGUUACUGAUUGGUUGAAUUGAACGAGCUUCCGGCUAGGUUUAAACCAAUUGAAAAACACGCUGUUGCUCUCAAGUUUUUAGCUUUUUGUGGGCUGGUAAUUUAUGUUUCCUUAGACUUAUAUGGUUCCAUGUUUAAAUAAACUUGAUUCCUCUGAUUACAGCGGAUUAUUACAUACAUAUAUAAGCUAUUAAAGGAGUUAUAAUGUAUACAUGUUGUCUCUGUAGUGUGUAAAGAAUUACAGUACCUAUAGAACUUUUUGUUAGUGAAAAAUUCACACUGUUGUUGAAAAUGAUUAGUUUUUUACCACAAACAAAACACUCAUUCUAAAUGUUACGAGAACUGUUGCAAGUUUCAGUACUAUAAUCAAAUCACACUUUCGCCCCCUGGUGGCAUUUCUCUUGAUCUUACAACUGGUAUUGCUCUGUAUGUGAACGUUUUAGCUCGAGAAUUAAACAAGAAGGGAAGCAAAGUAUUCCCAGUCAAUAAGGAUGCUUUUACCCCUGAGUUAUGGACUGGAAGUAAUCCGUUUUCUGGAUCAGAUUCCUCCAAGACCAAGAACAGGAACGGAAUAUCAUUGCCCAGAUAAUGAAGCUCACAGCCACAGAUCUAAUGACUACCAUGAGGUAAUAUGUAAGGGUAAUCUGAAACAAAAAAAGCCCGCAGAGCUGGUUUUCCAAGAUGUCUGUGUAUCUCGUAAUGAAAAGAAAAUUCUCUGUAAUGUGAGUGGAAAGGCACGGCCUGGUGAACUGUUGUCUGUGAUGGGACCAAGUGGUUCGGGUAAAACAACACUACUGAACGCGUUAAGCGGUCGAGUGAAGAUCGACUCCGGUUUGAUUACUGUAAACGGAGCACCUCUCAGCAAGAGACAGAAAAGAAAUAUUUGCUACGUUCUUCAAGAGGAUGCUUUCUUCGCCAAUCUGACACUUCGCCAAGUUUUAAUGCACUCAGCAUUAUUACGGCUACCUGACACCAUGCCAUAUCAUGAAAAGAUGGCGCACGUGGAACAUAUCAUCGACGUUCUGGAUCUGAGGAAAUGUUUGAAUACCAUAAUUGGAGACGGGCUGAAACGAGGGCUGUCAGGAGGAGAGAAGAAAAGGGCUAGCAUUGCUUGUGAAUUACUCACAAACCCUACUACCAUGUUACUGGACGAACCAACCUCGGGCCUUGACUCUGGUACCGCCCUCUGUCUUAUGUCUACCUUGAAGUAUUAUGCAGAAAAAGAACGUAAAACAGUUGUUGUUACGGUUCAUCAGCCGUCCAGCCAGAUUUUCUACAUGUUUGAUCGUCUGCUUCUACUAGCUGAUGGUCAGGUCGCGUUCUUUGGCGCAACCCACAGAAUUGUAGAGUUUUUAAGUGACAUUGGCUUACAAAUAGCAGCACAUUACAAUCCUGCUGACUUUAUUAUUGAACAAGUGAAAAAAAACCCAGAAGUUCGGGAAAAAUUUAUAUCAGCAACCAAGAGCUUCAUAGAAAUUAAUGAAGUCUCAGCUCAAAUGGAGUUCAACUCUUUGGUCUCUGCACCAGUUCAGUCCACAAAUGAUUCAGCAGCAUCUGAGGGCAAUGAAGACUGUGAUGUACCAUCUUGGUCAGAUGCUUACAGCUCUGUGAGUGGCAGUGAAGACAGUUUUACAGGGACUUUUGAAAAGUGGCCCACAUCCUUCUGGACGCAGCUUAAAGUACUGUCUGAAAGAAAUUUUCAAGAAGCACACAGCCGUAUGCUAUCUAGACUGAAUUGGAUACAGACUAUUGGCCUAGGCAUUGUGAGUGGGCUUCUCUGGUUUCAAGUGGAAAGGACGGAAACGAAUCUAUCUGACAUUCAAGGAUGGAUGUUCUUUAGUAUGACUUAUUGGAUGCUGUUUGCAUUGUUUGGAGCACUUACUUCAUUUCCACCUGAAAGGGAAGUUAUCAACAAAGAAAGAUCAUCCGGAACUUACAGAUUAUCUGCUUAUUACUUGGCUAAAAUGAUUGGAGAAUUUCCUCUCACUGUCACUCUUCCGUCAGCAUUCCAUUUCAUCUCUUACCCAAUGUUAGGAUUGCAUGAUGGUCGGAUUUUCUUGAGUCUAUGGGGUUUCCUCCUCCUCAACACUAUUGUUGCUCAGAGUGUAGGACUAUUAGUGGGAGCUACCUGUGUUGACCUCCAAGUGUCAGUGACCGUCUCAGCAUUAUAUUCCCUGUCUACCAUGCUCUUUGGAGGUUUCUAUGCCAAGUCCAUACCUUCUUGGCUGCUGUGGUUGCGAUACCUUUCUAUAGUCCAUUAUGCUUUUAAUAAUAUGCAGAUUGUAGAAUUUGGUGGUGGUGUACCAAUAAGUUGUGCUCCUCAUUAUUCCCAGUUUGAAGCUUGUCGUCAUGGAAACAGCUCAGUAAUUCUACUCGAAGACAUCAUUGAUCAUCAAGGAAUGUGGCUCCCUCUCUGGGCUAAUACCUUAAUUUUGUUAAUAUUUUUAUGUAUGUUUAGACUUAUGGGGUAUCUUAUAUUAAGAUACAUUCGUAAGCCUAGGUAAAAGAGAAGUUCGAUGUUUGGAUGAUGAGGCUCAGAUGUACAUAGUAACGUAAUUAAUCUUUAAACAUCUUGAAAAAAAGAAGAGCAUGUGUUUAGGACAGCAGUUAUUGUUUGUUGAAGUUUUUCUUGCCAAGAGAAUUGUUAAUCGCAUAUUGUAUUGCAGGUCAUAUCAUUUGACACAAGGUGCUGGUCUAUUGGUGCCAAAGUAAAAACUGGCUUAAACUAAGAUAUAUCCUAAUUAGAUAUGGAUAUUGUGUGAUAUAUUGAUAGUCCACAUAAAAAAAAGACUAAGGAUGAGCAAUAAAUGAAUAAACGUUCGUUUUCAAAAGGAUUUUAAGUUUAUUUCGUGAUAUUAAAACUGUUGCCUUUUUGAAUUAUAUAGACUAGACUGCACAAAUCUUAAUAUAAUAUAAAAAUGUCCACUGGAUUUCUAGAGAAUCAUUAGAGUGUGUGUAAUUGAUGACUUGAAGUAAAAUUAAUUGAGUUAUUUCAAGCUCAGAUAUAACUCUCCUAAUGAAUCAUUUAUUUGACCCUGUAAUCAAAACAGUUUGCUUCCAAUUUUAUCACACUUGCUUGCAAUAAGUGACAGUUGGUCACUUGGUUUCGCUGUAUGUGGUUUAAUUGAAAUUCAAGGAAUAUGAAUUUGAUAGCACACUAUAGUAAAAAAAAAGGUUUUAGAAUUUACAUAAUUUGUUUUUGAGGAAAUGCUUGGCUUUUUCAAUGCAGAAAAUAUUAAGCAGCAUUUUAACUUAGGGAUAAAAAGUAGCAUUAGUAACUUUAUCAACAUAAACUUAAGCCUUAAAAACGAUAAGUUAAAUGUAAUCCUUAGUAACUUGUUUUGUUUUUUCAGUGUUGUUUUCUUAGUGCAAAGCUAUACGAUGAGCGAAAUGCAUGUUGUCUACCAUAGGGAAACGAACCCCCGAUUUUAGCUUUGUAAGUCCGUAAAUUUACCACUGGCCCACCGAGGGACUAUUGUUUUUAGUAUUACUUGUUGUUGUUGUUUAUUAUUAAGCACAAAGCUACACAAAGGGCUAUUUGUGCUCUGCCCACCACGGGUAUCGAAACCCGGUUUCUAGCGGUAUAAGUCCGCAGACAUACCGCUGUGCUACUGGGGGGGGGGGGGGGCUUUUAGUAUUACACAAUUUUACACUCAUCAAUUUAAAUUAGCCACUUAUCUGUUCUGCCUUAUACAAUUCUAAACGUUUUCCUAUGUUAAAUUUAGGAAGAAAAAAAUUCAAGCAAUUUCGUUACAAUAGUGAAGUUUUGAUUCAGAUGUCAGAAAGAAGACCAGCCGUCUGAUACCUUCGUAAUUUUAUUUUCUAUUUUCUAUAUGAUAUGACAUUGACACUAUUCUUAAGCUCCCCCAUUGCAUUUAGUGUAGGAGCGUUUUACAUUUAGAACAGAUGACUGAAGUUUUCCCAGUUGUCAACUCCAAUCUUUUGUAGACAUAAAACAAAUAAGUGGAUUCACCUCGGUGGCUCGAUAAUUUGUGAGUAUGGAUGAAAUAAUCUGUCCCAGUGAUCAACUCAGAGAAUAAAUGGAUGAGUGAAUUUACUCCUAUGUGUUCUACGGUUGUGUGUGGGAAUGGAUGAAAGAGUUUGUCCCAGUGAUCAACUCAGAGAAUUAAACCGAUAAGUGGAUUUACUCCGAUAUAUCCUAUGGUUGUGUGUGGGAAUGGAUGAAAGAGUUUAUCCCAGUGAUCAACUCAGAGAAUUAAACGGAUAAGUGGAUUUACUCCGAUGUGUCCUAUGGUUGUGUGUGGGAAUGGAUGAAAGAGUUUGUCCCAGUGAUCAACUCAGAGAAUUAAACCGAUAAGUGGAUUUACUCCGAUGUAUCCUAUGGUUGUGUGUGGGAAUGGAUGAAAGAGUUUGUCCCAGUGAUCAACUCAGAGAAUUAAACAGAUAAGUGGAUUUACUCCGAUGUGUCCUACGGUUGUGUGUGAGAAUGGAUGAAAGGGUUUGUCCCAGUGAUUAACUCAGAGAAUUAAACAGAUAAGUGGAUUUACUCCGAUGUGUCCUACGGUUGUGUGUGAGAAUGGAUGAAAGGGUUUGUCCCAGUGAUUAACUCAGAGAAUUAAACAGAUAAGUGGAUUUACUCCGAUGUAUCCUACGGUUGUGUGUGAGAAUGGAUGAAAGGGUUUGUCCCAGUGAUCAAACUGUAAUAGAGAGUAAAAUGAACAAAUAAAUUCAUCCAGAUUAUUCUCACAGCAUUCUGUAAGAAUGAAUGUUAAAGUAGAUUAAUGGUUCCCCACACUUCUCUAAUAAUUCGUGUUACACAAAAAUUGAAUUUCCACCAUUACACUUUCCCGUUAAAAGCGAUGUUAUCAUUAUAAUUCUUACAUAACAAUUAAGAAAAUAAUAUUCGCUUAUUUCUGGGUAUUCUGCUUUUAAAUUUAAACGAAUAGUUUGUUCCAGGACUUCAUUCAUUAGUUUAUAGGAUUGUAUAAUUUCAUCUCCUACAGAAAAGCAAGUUGGUUAAAUGAUACCCCCCCGGUUAAUUCCUCUUACAGUGAGUAAGAAUGAAUAAUUGUUUUUCUUUUCUUAAAUGAUUUCUAUAAUUAUGUGUAAAAAUUUUAUUUAUUUGUCAGUGUUUUUGUCAUGUCGGUGGUCACUUUUAAUGAUGUUUUCGUUCGUUUUAAAGAAAACAUUACUGAGUCAAUUCAACACGAUGAUUGUUUAUUAUAGAGUAAAAAAAUUAGUUUAUCCAAUUUACCACGAUGCACUAAAGGAGUAAAGAAAAAUGAUUGGAUCAUUGAGUCUAUUUACCACGGUGCUUCCUGGUACUCUAGAGUUUUUUAUUGAGUCAUUAAUCUUUUUUACUUUAUGGAGUACAGAGUAAAUUUUAUUCAGUCAAUUAACCAUGAUGCUUCCUGAUAUUGCAGAGUAAACUUUAUUGAGUCAAAUCAAAUUGAUGCUUUCUCGACUAUGAAGAAAGAUAUGACUGAUUCAUUUCAAUAUGAUGCUUACUCUGUUAUAAAGUAAAAUAGUUGAGUAUUUCAACAUGAUGCCUACUUCAGUAUGGAGUAAAGGUUACUGAGUCAGUUCACCACGACGCUUUCUCCAAAAUAUAGACCAAAACCAUUCGAGUCAAUUCACCAUGAUACUUCCAGAAUCACGUAAAAAAAUGUUUGAAUAAAUUCACGUGGAUGACAAUUUUUGCAGUAUGCAAGGAUACAUGAGAUAAAUCGUUAGUCAAUAAAUUAGUGGAGUCAGUUGGCGAAUUAUUCAGUAAGAACGUAAGGAUGCUUUUAGAUUUCUUGUAAGUCUAGUGGGUUAUAUAAUGCCACCUAGUUGACGUCUGUGAGUAGGGUACACACUUUGGUUUUCCCUUUAGCUGUACUUUAUACAUACAUAUAUAUAUAUAUAUAUAUGAAUUAUUUUCGGUGAAACCUGUUUUACUGCCGUAUGAUUGGAUGAAAGUGAAAUAUAUAUAUACAUUAAAAGCUUCAUUUUUUCUUUGUUAUGCAAAUAAUGCAAAAGCGGUCAACAGGGUAAUUAUAUAGAUAUUUGUAUAAUUUGAUGUU